GCGCUGGAGGCGGAGGCGCCGUUUCUCAAGCUCUAAAGGUGUAAGUGAGUUGGUUAGAGGAAGGGAAAGGAGUCAAGAGAUUUGCUUGAGAGCACAUGUACUGAUCUGAUGGCGUUACAAAACCGCUCAACCGGCCAGUUUUAAGCGUUUGAGGCAUCCUUGAAGGUACCAUGGAGGAACAAGCCCAUGUUCAGGAAGAUCUGGCGACUCUGUCAGAUUUGGAUGAGAAGAGUUUACUCGAGUCACUGACUAGAAGAUUCAACCACAGUCACAUUUAUACUUAUAUUGGGGAUAUUUUGGUCGCUGUGAACCCAUUUAAGCAGCUCCCACUGUAUGGCAAAGAGGUGUCAGAGAAGUACAAGUGCCAUGAGAAAAGUGCUUUACCUCCACAUAUAUUUGCUGUAGCUGACCGAGCAUACCAGUCCAUGCUGGGCCGCCUGGCCACAGGGCCAAAAAACCAAUGCAUCGUCAUUAGUGGUGAAAGUGGUGCAGGAAAAACCGAAAGCACGAAGCUAUUACUGCGCCAGCUUAUGGAGCUUUGUCGUGCGAACUCGCAGCUCGAGCAGCAGAUCCUGCAGGUCAACCCUCUUCUCGAGGCGUUCGGGAAUGCCCAGACAGUCAUGAAUGACAACAGCAGUCGGUUCGGAAAGUAUAUUCAGCUUCGCUUUCAGAACUCUUCAGUAAAAGGAGCCAAAAUCAACGAGUAUCUACUAGAAAAGUCCCGUGUGGUCCACCAAGACGAAGGUGAAAGGAAUUUCCACAUCUUUUACUGCAUGCUUGCUGGCAUUUCUGCACAGGACAAGGAGAUGUAUGGCCUCCUGGACCCGACUCAGUACCGUUACCUGAACGGGCGAUUCGGCCAAGGCGAUAUGGUGCAGCACUGGAGUGAAAAGUACAAUGAAGUGUCCAAUGCCAUGGAUAUGGUGGGCUUCGAGGAGCAGGAAAAGGUGGACAUGAUGACUAUCCUGGCCGGGAUUCUGUCUCUGGGAAAUAUCACGUUCGAGCCGACUGAGAAUGACGCACUGAAAGUGAGCGAGACGUCAAAGGGUUGGCUCAAAGCCACCGCGGGUCAGUUUGGUGUUCAAGAGGAGGACCUGAUGAGGUGUCUCACCUGCACCAUGUCAGUAACAAGAGGCGAAUCCAUCCACCGCUUCCACAACCAGCAACAAGCUGAAGAUGCCAGAGAUUCGAUUGCCAAAGUGGUAUAUGGCAGAGUGUUUGGCUGGAUUGUUAGUAAAAUAAAUGAGUUGCUGACGCAUAAACUGGAUACAAACGUUGAGCUGAGUGAAAUAGGUAUUCUUGACAUCUUUGGGUUUGAGAAUUUUGCCGUGAACCGAUUCGAGCAGCUCUGCAUCAAUCUUGCGAACGAGCAGCUACAGUAUUUUUUUAAUCAUCACAUUUUUUUAAUGGAGCAGAACGAGUACAAAGAGGAGGGAAUCCAGUGGGAGACCAUCACCUUCAAGGAUAACAAACCAAUUCUGGACCUUUUCUUAACGAAGCCAAUUGGGAUUCUGUCCUUGCUGGAUGAGCAGAGCGCCUUUCCUCAGGCCACAGAUGGAAACUUUGUAGACAAGCUGAACAGCAAAUUCAAAGCCAACCCCCACUUCGAGGUGGUCCGGAGCCAUAGCCCUCUCUUUACUGUCGUGCACUACGCUGGAAAGGUGCAAUAUAACGCCAGCGGCUUCCUGGAAAAGAACCGGGACAACAUUCCAGCCAGCAUUCGCUCUCUCUUCAUCAACAGUGUUACUCCGCUCCUUAGCGUCCUCUUUGCUGCCACAAUUUCCAGAACAGGGACAUUGAUGCCGCGGAAAGCAAAGAUGGUAAGCUUUGUAGACGACAACUUCAACUCGACCAGGAAACAGUCUGUAGGCACACAGUUCAAGCAUUCCCUGGCUGUACUGAUGGAGAAGAUGUUUGCUGCCAGUCCGCACUUUGUGAGAUGCAUCAAACCCAACGGCAGCAAGUUGCCUGAUCAGGUGGACAGUAAACUCAUCAUGGAUCAGCUGAGGUACAACGGCCUGCUGGAGACGAUCCGCAUUCGAAGAGAAGGUUUCUCCUGGCGACCGUCUUUUAAAGAGUUUGCGCAGAGAUAUAACAUCCUGCUGCUUAAACCGGAUCUGCCAGUGGACAAAGAAAGCUGUAUGUCGAUUCUUAAUACCACAGAGCUGCGUGGUUGGAAGUGUGGUUCAUCUCGGUUAUUUUUUAAAUACUGGCACCAGGACGAGUUGGCACGUCUCCUAGAAAGGCUUGGGAAGGCAGCUGUUGUCAUUCAGAAGAAUUACCGUGCAGUGAGCUCCAGGAAAAAGUACUUGGUCCUGCUGGCUGAGGUCAAGAGGCAACAGCAGGCCCAGCGAGAGAGGGAAGAAAGGGAAGAAGAGGAGAGACGGAGGCAGGAGCUUCUGGAACAAGAAGAGAGAAACAAGCGAUUGCUUGUCGAGCAAGAAAACAAGAGGCCAGUUUCGCCUCCAGUACCUCUACCCAGGAAGAAAAAACCUCAGCCCAGACCUCGGGCUAUACUUGCUGCAAUUGCCCUCGCACCACACCUAGCACCUGUACCUCGGCCGCGCAGUAAGCAGUUUGAGGCUACUCCAUUUGAUAACGACCUGCAUGAGAACAGUGAUUUGAUGAACUUUCUGGCUCAGGAGGUAGAUGAGGAGUGGGCCAAUGAGAAAAGAAAAAAGAGGAGCAACACCAUUCGCUGGUUCAGAGAAACCCAGGCUCGCAAAGUGGCCAAAAAUGGCACUUUUCCUUGCUGGUUCCAUGGCAUGAUCACUCGGAGACAAGCGGAGGAUCUGUUGAUUGACAAGCCUCUUGGCUGCUUUUUGAUUCGAGUGGGACAAAGUCGAGAAGGAUACACACUGACAUACAGGGGAGCUGACCGGCCUCGUCACUACAUGAUCGAGAUGCAAAGUAACUUGAAAUAUGUGAUUCUCGGCGAGGACCGGGCGCAUGCCUCCCUGCUUGAGCUUGUCCAAUAUCACACACAAGUGGGAAUCAUGCCCUUUAUGGAGCUCCUCACUGAGCCAUGUGGACAGACAUGUGACCAUGACCCAGACUAUGAAGAGCUGAAGGCAUUGCUGGGGCCUGGCCAGUCUGACAGCAGCAACACAGACUCCAGAGAGAACAACCACAAAGAUACGGACCAUGUGCAUGUCGAAAUGCAGAGACUAUUUCAGCCUCCAGGGCAGAACCUGGAACUGGAGGCCCCUAAAGCCCCUGUCCUAAGGCGUGUAUCGGAUAGAUACAGACGUGUAGACGCUGCUGAGAUAGAUCAGAAAGGAGACGAGGAUGUAGAGAAAGGCAGACCUGUUCCCCGCCUGUACCCUUCCAUCCGGUUAGCCAUGAGGGAAAUCCAGCAGAUCCAACAGCAGUUCUCAGGCAACCAAGAGCAAAACUUAAACCGUUGGGCACCCUGGAGGAAGAAAGAUUCGUAAUGGAAGGAAGGAUGACAACAUGGGGCUUGGGUUUUUUUUUGUUUUGUUUUUUUGUUUUUUUUGCUGCUACCUAGGACAAAAUGUGAAUGGCUGAAACUGGAGGAGGAGGAGGAGGCCUGGAUGUGAAUGGGGCUUGAACAAACUAAGGGAAAUUCCUCAAAAAGACAAACUUUAGACUUUUGUUUACCUGGGGCUGUUUGGCUAUUGUUUAUUCGUUAUUUUUACAUAGAUAUUUAAUUUUUAACUUAUGUAUUGAUGGCAUGGGACCCUUAAUAAACGGUGUCUGAUUUUGUAUACUUUCAUCAGUCUGGGAUGUAGUAUUUGUAAAUAAAGAGUUUUAAAUGUGCCGGUGUUAGGAACGGAUCAGCAGCUGUUUGAAUUUGGUGCACUGACCUUCUGUUUCGAAUAGUGGUGAUGUGUGUGUGUGUGUGUGUGUGUGUGUGUGUGUGUUAUAUACACAAAAUAAAUCAGUUAGAGGUUACAGCAGAUUUGAAAAGUCUACAAACCUGUUAAAAUUGCAGAUUGAUUGUGAUGUAUAAAAAAAGACACCAAGAUAACUCGCAUCAAAUCUUUUUCCACCUUUAAACGGAGAAAGCAACCAACAAAAAGUCAAGUGUAAAACAAAAAAAGUGUUAGAGGAAAAGAAAGGGUAAUACAGUCACACUGUCUUUUGGAAUAAGAUUCUUAGCAUCAGCUUGACGCAUCUUGAUUCUGUCAUUUUGUUCCACUCCACUGAAUACUCCAGAUUUAUCAAAUUCAGGUGCACAGCCCUUUUCGUCAUUCUUCAGGAUUUCAAAAGGAUUACAUUCUGAACUCAGACUUGGCCGUUCCAAAAUACUGAUCAUAAUCUUUUGAAGCCAUUUUUUGUUCGCUUUGUGCUGUGAGUCAUUGUCUCGCCAAAAAGGGAAAUUUUUCCUUCAUCUGCAGCUGUUUAAAGACAGAUUUUGUGCCAAAAAAGGCAGAACUAUUGAUGAUUCCUUGUAACUUGAACAGAGCCUCAGUCCCAGCUGAAGAGAAGCAGCCCGAUAGCACGAUGCUGCCACCACCACCACGCUUCCCCAUGGCUGUGCUGCUCUAUGGAUGUCACACUGCCUUGUAUUCAUGCCAAACAUCACUUUUGGAAUCAUAUCCAUAAAGUUCCAACUUGUUCUGGUCAGAUGAUCACACAUUUUGCCACAUAGUUUCGGAUGAUUUUUCUUUUCUUCUGUCCAGCCACCCAAUACCACAAUGCAGAUUUUUAUAUGGGGUUGGUAAGAAUCACUUUAUUGAUGAUGGCUGUAUUGUAAGUUUUCCACUUGAAGUGCAUUGCUAUGCUGUAUCACAUUAAAGCUGGACUGACUGAUCUGACAUCAUUUAUUAUUAGUCUUGUCCUUUUUUUCAGUUACAGAGGCGUAAUCCUUUUUCAUUAAUGUCACAGUGAAACAUUCAAAGUACAGAUUUAUCUAUUAUCAUUGUUAAAAUGUCUGCAGUAAUAUUUUGCCUUCUUUUGGAGCCAGUAAGGGUUUUUCUUCUUCUUCAUCUUCUUCUUAUUCUUCUAUUAUUAUUAUUUUUAUUAUUAUUAUUAUUAUUAUUUUUAUUAUUAUUAUUAUUUCCAAGCUGUCCACCCAUUUUAAUUAAAACUAUGGGUUGAGUGCCAUGAGAGCUUCUAUAGUCCCGUGUGAAACAUGUAAUGUAAUAAACAUUUUAGUAUUUAUGUUGAGUAAGUCAGGCUAACAUUCUUUUUUUUUCUUUUUUUUUUUUAGGAAAAAAAAGAAAAUGUACAGGAAUACACUGAUUAAUGGCUUAACAAUGAAGAAAUGAACCACGCAGGUAAUGACAACUCUGUGAGGUGUGGCUUCCCGUCAUGGCUUGUAUAAAAAUUCAUAAGCAACACAGAAGCUCUUUAAAGCGCUACAGUGAAGUAUGAAGAUCGAAUCAGAGCAAAAUGGAUUUCAAAAUUCUUCUGUUGGUCCUGUGCAUCACCUUCACCUCAGUCCAAGGUGCCAUUCCUCCAUGCUGCAUUGCAACAGCUCCAAUCAGGCCAAGAAUGCUGGGAAGAAUGGACGAUUUCACCAUACAAAAUAGCUACGGUCGCUGCGAAAUUGACGCCGUUGUGGUGAAAAUCAGAGAGAAGAGAUAUUGUGCACCAAUGCAGCAAAGGGCACUUGUGGAAAGAAUUAAACAAAAGAGGCUGCGAAAUAACUACAUGUACCAGUCCUCAUGAAAAGAAAAGUGGCUGAUGUAAUUCACUGAUCAAAUCCAGUAAACAGAACUUUGUCUGACUGAUGUAUUGCUUCUGUUUAUUUGUCCUAAUCAUUAG